GGCUACCUCCCCUCAGCUGACCUCCAGCUCCAAACCCUCAUCCGAUUCAAGCAAUCUCUUGAAGAUAUGCCUAUAGCUAUUGAAACUGAUAAAGCAAAAACCCAACAUUAUGAGCUGCCUACGUCAUUUUUUAAACUGGUACUGGGAAAGCAGCUCAAAUACAGCUGCUGUUACUUCCCAGACAAGUCAACCACAUUAGAUGAUGCUGAGAAUGCAAUGUUGGAGCUGUAUUGUGAGAGAGCACAAGUAAAAGAUGGACAAUCAAUCCUUGAUGUGGGGUGUGGCUGGGGUUCCCUUAGUGUAUACAUGGCACAAAAAUACAAAAAUUGCAGCAUUACAGGGAUAUGCAAUUCAACAACACAAAAAGCUUUUAUAGAGGAGCAAUGCAGGGAUCUUCAACUAUCAAAUGUAAAAAUCAUUGUAGCAGAUAUCAGUAAGUUCGAAAUGGAGGCUUCAUUUGACCGAAUUAUAUCUAUAGAGAUGUUUGAGCACAUGAAGAACUAUAAGGUACUUCUCAAGAAGAUAUCCAUGUGGAUGAAGCAGGAUAGUCUCCUAUUCGUUCAUUACUUCUGCCACAAAGUAUUUGCCUACCAUUUUGAGGAUAUAAACGAUGAUGACUGGAUUACUAGAUACUUCUUCAGUGGAGGAACAAUGCCUUCUGCAAACCUACUGCUCUAUUUCCAGAAUGAUGUUUCUGUGGUCAACCACUGGCUUGUUAAUGGGAUGCAUUACUCCAGGACAAGUGAAGAGUGGCUCAAAAGAAUGGAUCAAAAUGCAGCUUCAAUUCGACCAAUCAUGGAAUCAACUUAUGGAAAGGAUUCAGCAACCAAAUGGACUGCUUACUGGAGAACAUUCUUCAUUUCGGUUGCAGAGCUCUUCGGAUAUAGCAAUGGUGAAGAAUGGAUGGUUGCACAUUUUCUUUUCAAAAAGAAUUAGUCAAUGAACAAAUUAUCAAAGGAAAAUUGAUAAAGACCAAUCCUGCAAUAUUAGUGUUUUUGUAAUCUGAGAUUAGAACUGGGGCCUGCCUGAUUCUGUAAUUUGUUGUCGGGAGUAAUGAAAUGGUAUUCAAUGCUAGA